AUGUCAAUACAAUACACUAAUGUGGCAUCUUUGAUGGCAAAGGUUGACGAUUUUUGUGCUUUUGUUGACACAUAUAAACCAACGAUUAUAAUGGUGUCCGAAACAUGGUUGACUUCUUUUAUAACUGAUGCGUUAAUAUCUCUCGAUGGAUAUACCAUUUUUCGAUCGGAUCGGGUUGGAAGGGGUGGCGGUGUUUGUGCCUACAUUUCUGAUCUGGUCCUCAAGAAUUUCACGGUUAUGCCCCUUGCAGGAAACGCUGGUGGUAUUGAUUCUCUCUUUUUAAAAGUGACUAACAGCAGCAUAACUUUUCCUCUAGGAUGUGUGUAUAGACCAUCGACAUCUCUUUUCGACGAUGAUAUAACUCUUUUCAAUCAGAUUAGCAAUAUACCGAAUUCAUAUGACAAAGUGUAUAUUUUCGGAGAUUUAAACCUCCCAGAUGUGGAUUGGGCCAUCAGUGGCAGUCGUUCCUAUUCUUCUUCCUCUCAACUUUUGGUGGAUUUGCUGAUUAAUAGUCAUCUUGAUCAAUUGAUCACGCAGCCAACAAGGUUCAGGUCGAACCAAAAACCAGCUGUGCUAGAUUUAGUUAUAACGUCUGAUGACAGUUCAAUCUCGAACUUGGAAUAUUUGAAUCCAAUUGGUAAAUCGGAUCAUUUAGUUCUAAUGAUGGAUUUACAAGUUUGUUACACACGUCGGAGGAGAACUAUCACGCUUGAACGGAAGAUGAUAGAUUUUGAAGCCCUGAAUAAGCACUUAGGGAAGCUAGAUUGGAAUUGUCUUCUUUCGGAUUUGUCGAUAAGCAACAAUUGGGAUUGCUUUAAAGCAACACUAUCUGAUACUGUCACACAGUACACCACUAGUUCCACGUUUAAAAGAUCUUCAUCAAAACCAUGGAUUAACGGGAGAAUUUUAAACCUAGUACGCAAAAAGAGAGCACUUUGGCGAGCUUUUAAACGAACAGGGACCGAAACGAGUUACAAUGCUCACAGGGCUUUUUCUAACCAUCUUUCGACUGUCAUCAGAGAGGCUAGACUUGAUUAUGAGAAGCGUAUUGCACAGAAUAAGGACAACAAAACUCUUUUUAAGUAUAUUCGCACUACUUUAUCAGGUCCAGUUAAAACAGUUAAGGUUAAGAUGCGGCAGGCAUGUUCGAAUAGUAUCAAUGAUAUAAAAUUCUCUGAGGACGCGGUAUCAGAUAAGCUCAGAAAGUUGAAAAUUACUAAAUCUCCAGUUCCUGAUCUUAUUUCCGCCUGCGUUUUAAAGAACUGUGCAGCCUCUCUUUCCACUCCGCUUUCUAUUCUAAUGGCGCAAUCAUUCAUGCAAUCUAGACUUCCCUCCGACUGGAAAACCGCGUUUGUCAAACCAAUUUACAAGAACAAGGGUGAUAAGUUUGAUGCAUCAAACUAUAGGCCAGUGAGUUUGACAUCGCUCGUAGUCAAGGUCAUGGAAUCCAUUAUCUAUGGCCCUUUAGUCAAGUUUCUUAUACAUAAACUACAAUCUAAUUCCACCUGA